UUAUCAACGUACCUAUUUGUUGUCUAUCUUAUCAAAGGUCGUCUAAUGACACAUUGGUGCAUUCUGAUAGCAUCACUAUCUUCACUUGUAAAUAAUAAAACAAAAUUUAUCGACAAUAAUAUUACGUAAUAAAUGAAUACCUACUACAUUAUCAAACUAAACACACCAUUGAAAGUUUUUCUCUAUAAUUCCUAAUUAUCUUUUCGACUAAUUGAAAGAAAUUUGUAAUUAACUAAUAAACGCCUAGGCUUAUAUGAACUGUUUAAAAUCAAAUCAUCAUUUAUCAAAUUCGUCUUUACGAUUUAACAUCGUACAAAGGUUUCAAUCUAAAAAACUGUGGAAUCCUACAUAAGAAAGUAAUCCACAUAAUAAUCAAUAUCCUUUUUAAAUAAUUGAAGGCACGCUCUAUUGAAGAUGGAUAGAAAUUUAAAUUUAUGUGUUUUGUCAUAUGUCGUAAUUGCUACAUUAAUAACAGAAUUGUGUGUUGCUACUCCUAUAGAACCACAUUAUGAGAUCGACUCUCAAAGUGUUCAACAUAUUGGAGAAAUACCAGCUGCUGCUUACGAAUACACAAUAGUUCCAAGCAGUGAAUAUACUUUGAAGGAAAACAGCACGUCGGAAAUAUCACUCGUGGAUUGCAUUUUAACUCCCUUAACUUUACUGGCGAAUAUAGGAUUCAAUGCUGUGUCAAUAGUGAAGUGGAUUCUGAUCACAUUCAGCCCAGUGCUUCUUGGAAUGAGUCUUGUUAUCCUAUUCUGUGCUUUCACUGAUUACUGCACGCUCACUUUUGAAUACCCAUUUUCGAGUGAUUUUACGAUUAGCCCUUAUCUGGACAAUGUAGAACAAUUUGUUGUUGAGAGUUACAACAAAUACCACAAUCUACAAUAUCAGAUAUUAUGACUGCAGUUUUCAAAGGGGCAAUUUUCUUGAUAGUUAUAUUAUAUUUAAAGUUACUUAUAGGUGUUACUAUUUAAAUAUUUAGUGAAAUAAAUUGAUUAAU